AUGGUCUGGUGGGGAUGGGUCUUGCUAUGGAUCGUUCUGUCAAACCUUAUUCUUUAUUGCUUCCCUCAAUUAUUGGCAGACAUCGUGCAAUUUUACACUGAAUUGUUCAAGUGCUUUUUUGGAUCGACACAACAACAACAACAGGACCCAGCAGCACCUGGCUCAUCCAACACGGUGGCACUCGAAGAAGCUGAUGCCCUUCUAGCGGAAGAAGGCAAUGUCUUCGCGCAACCCCUACCUUCGGCACCCAACUUGGAACAAAGAAGCCAGGAAUCAGCACCUGACGAACCCAACGCGGUGCUAAUCGAAAUAGCGGAUGUAGCCCUUGUGGAAGACGAAGAUGUCAUGGCACACCAACUACCUUCGGCACCUAACUCGGCACAUCACCAGGAAUCAGCACCUGACGAACCCAAUGCGGUGCCAAUCGAAAAAGCGGCUGUAGUCCUUGUGGAAGACGACGACGUCAUGGCGCACCAACUACCUUCGACACCCUACUACCCUGAAUUUAUAUCAAAAUCUGUCACUCCCUCUCUCAAUGGUUGA